AUGAAUAAUCAAACAUUGAACAUAACAUUAACAUUGGAAGAAAAUUCAUCUCAAUUAGGUUUUCAACAACGUGCAAUAACAAUUUCAUUGUUAGCAAUAUUUUUCAUUCCAUCGCUAAUUUAUUUUCUUCUCAUUUUCUAUUAUUUCAUUCGAUUACGCAAAACUUUACUGUUUAAUCGAAUAAAUCAUCAUGUGAUUUUAUGUAUUUUAAUCUGUGAUUUUCUCAUAAUUACAACUGAAUUGCCAUUUACAUUUCGCUUCUUAUCAUCAGGAUACUUUCAAGCUUCAAAUCUUUGUCCAUUUUGGAUACUUUGGAAUUAUACAUCUGAAGGACUUCCAUUGUUUUUAACAAUGUUUGCCUCCAUCGAACGUUAUUUCUUAGUAUUUCAUAAACAUCUCAUAACAAAUCACAAAAUCUUGUUUCAUUACAUUCCAAUGACGAUGGUUUGUCUAUACACAAUUGGCAUUAAUUCAUAUCUGGUAUUGUUCAUUCCAUGUGAAGCAAAUCAUCAGUAUGACUUAAAUGUAUUUGUAUGCGGAGGAGCAUGCUAUUUUAGUGAUUUUCUCCCAAAUAUUUAUGAUACAAUUGUGGAUGUCAUGGUUCCACCUUUUAUUAUUUUGAUUUUUAAUCUAUUGAUUAUAAUUCGUGUAGUGAUUCGCAGACACAAUGCAUUAGGAACAGUUUUAGUACCGAAUAUUUUGAAAAAGAAUCGACGAAUGAUUUUACAAUUGUUGGCGAUUAGUUUGCUAAGUUUAAUUAUAUGGGUACCAUGGGUCGUGAUCAUUUUAGGACAAGAUUUCUACGAUCCAGCAUUUGCUCAACAAUUUAUCGAUAUUAUUAUCCAUUAUUUACCGUAUUUUUCCAGUUUUGCAUCGCCAUUUUUAGCAUUGGUUGGUCUACCAGAGAUUCAAGCAAAAUUCAAGAGAGUUCGCCCACAAAGAACAGUUGCUUUGAAUACAAUCGGUUCAGUGAAUGCAUAA